GAAGUAUUGGAACUACUUAGAACUACAAAUGAAGRAAAAUCGUUAUUGGCUACAUUUCAUCAAAGUGGUUUGUUAGAUAGUACAGGUCGUAGGCRUUUGUGUCACUUAAUAAURAAUAGAGAACUCAGAGAUGAUGUUCAAAGACGUAUUCCAUCAUCACGUUUACAUAACCUUGCAUACCAAAUCACAAAAGUUUUUAAAAAUGAACGACCAUCAACUUAUUUUAUUCCAUACAUUUCUUACGGACCGGGCUUAAAAAGAGCAGCCAAAGGAAAGCUUCUCGACUGUUUAAAUAAUAGGAGAAGGGAAUAUAGAAAAUCUGGUUUGAUUAAUUCAUCGAGACGAAGCUCAACAUCUUCUGAAUCAUCUUUUAGUUCUAUUCCAUUACCGGAAGGACUUAUACAAUCGACUGAAGAAGAAGGAAAUUACAUUCAAUCUGUUGUGGAGGAAAAUCUCAAUUGGYUAAGAAACUCUAGUGACCCAUGGGAUUUAGUAGAAAUAAAUUGGAAUUUGACAUCCAGCUUUCGCUUAAAAAGACUGAUGUCACAAGACGGUCCUUCGAUUGCAGAGUACAUGACUGAGUUUCCAUGUUUGAAAAAACCUGCAGGAUAUCUCCUUAUUUUAAAAGACUUUACCGUUGCGUAUCCAAAAUCUGUCGAUAAACUGUAUCAGAACUUACCAAUAUAUAGAAAGAAGAUUAUUGACCUAACAUUGAYUAAAAGUAAAAAAACUAAAGAUUCCACUGUACAUCAAAUUUUGAAUGAUUACUUACAGUACAGCUCUGAAG